AUGGUUUACUUCCGGCGUCGCUUGUGCAUGCUGAUCUAUCUACUUUGCGUUUGGUGCAGGGUGGGCCAUCAGCAGCCACUCGAACAGCGACUGGUGGCAGCGGAGCCGGGCGAUUCCACGGAACCGAUUCCGGCCAUCUACAACACGCCACCCCAGUCGCCGGUGAAAAUUCUCCGCGAAACCGGUCCCAUAACGGAGCAGGACAGCAUGAAGGCACCGGACGAUAUGCAGCAGUCAGAAUCGUACACCUACAGCUACUACCGGCCGUUGUACUAUCCGGGUGUGUACUACUCGUACUAUCCACGCUACCGCUGGUACCGUCCGUAUUACUACUACAACUGGUGGUAUUAUUGA